ACGGAAGUGUUUUAUGGAGAUGUGAACACUGCACAUCACACUCUGCCCUCCACGGAUCCUGCUACCCCCCCACCCCCCCCCCUCCACUCUACCUGCGUGGAGGCAGCAUUUCUAAACCUGAAGCCCAGGUGAGCUCAGCACACACGGAGCAUGGAUUCACUACACCUGCCACAGCCAAUGGCUGAUCAAAACAAAUGCAAGGAAGACCCCAAUGAGAGACAUGGAAAUAAAAGCAAAGAGGUCAAAGCGAGCCCUGCACACUCCACUGUGGCUUUGAUUGAGGAGGAGCCGGGGGACAAAGACUCAUGGGACCUGCCAGAGCUGAAGGACACAGGGGUCCCGUGGUCAGCUCUGGAUACCAGAGGGAAGGUGUUGAGAGUGCUUGUGUCGGUGGGGAAGUUGAUCCUGCUGCUGGGUUUCCUCUACAUGUUCAUCUGCUCUCUGGACAUCCUCAGCUCAGCUUUUCAGCUUGUUGGAGGUAAAGCAGCAGGUGACAUCUUUCAGGACAACACAGUUUUGUCCAACCCUCUGGCUGGUCUGGUCAUUGGUGUGCUGGUCACCCUGCUGGUCCAGAGCUCAUCCACUUCCUCCUCCAUAGUUGUCAGCAUGGUCUCCUCUGGACUGCUAACGGUCCAGCUGGCUGUUCCUAUCAUCAUGGGCACCAACAUCGGCACCUCUGUUACCAACACACUAGUCGCCAUGACACAGGCUGGUGACCGCAGCACCUUUCGCAGGGCUUUUGCAGGCGCCACAGUGCACGACUUCUUCAACUGGCUCUCUGUGCUGGUUCUGCUGCCUCUGGAGGUCGCCACUGGUUAUUUGUACGUGGUCACCAAGCUCAUCAUCGACUCCUUCAAAAUUCAGAGUGGAGAGGCCCCAGACCUGUUAAAUGUCAUCACUGAUAUCCUCACUGAGUCAAUUAUACAGUUGGAUGAGUCUGUCAUUAGUGGGAUUGCCACUGGAGACCCAGAAGCCAGGAAUAAGAGUCUCGUCAAGAAAUGGUGUCAAACCUUCACCAACACAACCCUAAUGAACGUUACAGUUCCUGGUCCAGAGAACUGCACAUCUCCAUCUCUCUGCUGGGUCGAUGGCAACUACACCUUCACACUGAAGAACAUUUCUGAAACAUACAAUGUCCAGAAAUGUAAGCAUCUCUUUGUGGAUGUGAAUCUGCCUGACCUGGCAGUGGGUCUGAUCCUGCUGGCUCUCUCUCUGCUGGUGCUCUGCUCCUGCCUGAUCCUGAUCGUCAAGCUGCUCAACUCAAUGCUGAAGGGACAGGUGGCUGCAGUCAUCAAGACGAUCCUUAACACCGAUUUCCCAUUUCCAUUUGGUUGGGUCACUGGUUACAUUGCCAUUUUAGUCGGAGCUGGAAUGACUUUCAUUGUGCAGAGCAGUUCGGUUUUCACUUCUGCUAUUACUCCACUUGUUGGUAUCGGUGUCAUCAGCAUAGAAAGAGCAUACCCAUUGUCUCUGGGCUCAAAUAUUGGCACAACCACCACAGCCAUCCUGGCAGCUAUGGCAAGUCCUGGAGACACACUGGCUAAUGCUCUACAGAUUGCCCUCGUGCACUUCCUGUUCAACAUCUCCGGCAUCAUCCUGUGGUACCCAAUCCCUUUCACUCGCAUCCCUAUCCGGCUAGCUAAAAGCCUGGGCAACAUCACAGCAUCCUACCGCUGGUUUGCUGCUGUCUACAUCAUCUGCUGCUUCUUCAUUUUACCACUCUUCGUCUUUAGCCUGUCGCUGGCUGGCUGGCAGGUACUGGUAGGCGUGGCUACACCUCUAGUCUUCAUGUUUAUCGUCAUCAUGGUGAUCAACAUCCUGCAGAAACGGAAACCUGGGUGUCUGCCUGUAGCACUGCGAUCCUGGGACUUCCUCCCUCUCUGGGCCCACUCCCUGGCUCCCUGGGACAAAGUGGUUGGUGUGAUUACUGCCAAAUGCUGUUGCUGCUGCAAAUGCUGCCAGGUUCCUACUGACAACCAAGAACACAGAGAAAAAGAAUCUGUGGAGAACAAGAAACCACACACAGAGGUGUAUGAUAACCCUGCAAUGAGUGCAGAGGAGGUAGAAAAUAAGAUAAAGAUAGAGCUACAGAUUCUGAAAAUGACCCAGCUUUGAGAUUAUAUAUAUAUAUAUAUGUGUGUGUGUGUGCAUUGGUCAUGGCACAAGGACCAAACACAUUUAGGUAAAACAAAUUUCCAUAAUAUUUAUGUUAUUUCUCUUAGUAGAUCCCUUAUUCUAAGAUUGGAAAUGGUUAUAUCAAGAAUUCCAACUCUCAGUGUAUCAAGAGCCAGACAAAGAAAAUAACAUGUGCAGGAAAGUAUUGGUCUUUCAGCUGUAUGGUGUUAACUGAUGUGGUCUUUAAACGAUAAGGCUCGCAAUAUUCCUUUUUUGUUGUUGUUAUUGUCAACAAAUCCUAUGGAAAGACCAAAGCCAACAAUGCAUUAGUCCAUCUCUCAGUACUUUCUGACUUUCCAUACCCUGUCUCUGGCUUUCAACCUCAAGUCAAGUGGCUCCAUCUGAAGACGUAAAUAAAUAAAAAAAAACGGCUCACAAAUAUAUAGUUUAAUUUUUAAAAAGGUUGAAUAAUUUCCUAAAACACCUGGGCACUGUAGUUUUUAGCAAACAUUACUCAAACAGAAGGAAAUACUGAAUUUGUUGGGGACUAUUUUCAGCUGCGGCUUUAUACUAUUCUAGUGAGUAGGCCUAUUUCUGGCAGCAGGACAAGACAAUGUAUGUGCGAUCAACUAAAAACAAACUAUGUUUGUUCAUUGUAAUGAAGGAACAUGUCACCCAGUGCAAAAGUGUGGCUCAUUAAGGUGUUUUAAAUAGAUUUUAGCCAUGCUAGCAGCUUAGUAUGAUUUUCCCAUUUUAGCAAAUACUUGUUCUGUACUUAGUCCAUGAUUUUCUGUUUAUUGUUCAGUACAAAGACAGAGAAUCUAGUUCACAAGUGUAUUUAAUAUGAUAUUAUUUAUUAACCAACAAUUAAUUGCGAUAUUAAUUUUAGGUGAUUUUGCCCAGCCUGCUAAUUAGCAAACUUUAUCAAGCUAUCAUUCCAAAGUAUGAUAGUGAACAUAGUAAGCAUUAUACCUGCUAAACAUCAGCAUAUUGGCAAUGUCAUUGUAAGCAUGUUAGCAUGCUACUGUUAGCAUUUAUCUCAGAGCAGGGCUGUGCGUCACAGAGCUGCUAGCAUGGCUGCAGACUCUUAGUCUUGUUGGACAACAGUAGAGAUCUAUGUCACGGAGGAAUAAUCAGGCUUUGGCUACUCUGUCAAUGCUUGUUAGUAGGAUCAAAUUCAUUGUGUAUAUUUGGUCUUUUAUUGGGAUUUGUGGACAAUUAGAAAAACAUAGACUAUCAUCAGACUUAUCCUAUAAUAUUUGAGUUUCUUUAGCUCUAAUAAGUUGAACAAACUGCCACUUAGAUAGCAUAAAAGGAUAAAUCAAAACUGACCAAAUGUGGUUAUUGGAUUUUAUCUUAUAAUGAAAUUACUAAAAUUAUGAAAUGCAAAUUAGGUAUAUGUAAUCUAAUGUUCAAUAACUGACGUUCAUAAUGAACACUUAUUGAAAAAGCAGAGCAAUGCAAACCUAGCUGACAGUGAAAACUCCUGAGGAUGCCAUGGCCUUUGUGCACAAGUUUUACAGAAGAUACAGUCAGUCAUGAUCAGAUCUGCACAAAACCUGCUAGGCAGAGCACAGGUUUGAUUUGACAGAUACAGACUUGAUCAGAAAAAAAUGCUCCACAUUUCUAUCAGGUUCCAUCUUUUGUUUUGUUUUUACAGAGAAAAAUCUUUUUUUUAACUGUGUAUAAAAGACACAUUGAGAUCAUUACCACAUCGUUUUAAGGUGUAGAAAUGAUUUCAAUUUAAUUAAAUUAAAUUUAAUUUAAUUCAGAAGGAUAAUUGUAUUCAAGGAAUAUGUAUGGAAAUUAGAUGAAUGUGCAUCUAACUAAAUGUUUUUAACUUGUAAUGCUUAAUGUUGAGUUGUAUACUGUGUCUCAAUAACACCUAUGAACAUUUAAAAAUAAAAGAUUAAUAAUUAUAUAA